AUGCGCACGCACUUAAAAAUCACCUUAUUCGUUUUAUUCAUUUGCGCUGUAUCAAGCAAACCAAUUUCAUCAUCUUCGGAUGAAGAAGACAGCAAUGACAUACAACGAGGAACAAAUCUUGGUGAUUUAGAUGAAAUUUUACCUUUAAGUCGUCGACGCUAUUUAACAAAUGAUGAUAGUGACGACGAAAUCACUGAUAUUCAACUUGCAGAAGCAAGGAAUGAAUCGGACGAACCAAAAAAUGUUAAUAAUUAUGAUGGAAAUGAAAAAAUUGAUACUCAACCUGUAGAAACGGAAAGUGAAUCAGACGAAUCAAAAAAUGGUAACAAUAAUGAUGAGAAAGAGAACGAUCCGGUGGAAGAAAUUCAACAGCCGUAUCAAAAAAAAGAGGACUAUGAUAAUUUAAAUAAUAUUAAUGAAAGAGUUGAAACAGAUCAAGCUCUUCGAUAUAAACAAAUAGUUGAUCAAUUAAAUGAUGAAGAUAAUGGUGAAUCAAAAAAUACUAAUAGUGACAGUCAAUCGGAUGAAAACACAGAAUAA